GCAAGGCCAAACAGAGCAAGGAGGAAGCAAACGCCUGUUUCUUUCCCCACCCACCACGAGUGAAGAAAGAGCGAGGAGAAGCAAACGCCCGCCGCCAUGCUCUACAUAGUGGGCCUCGGCCUCGGCGACGAGCGCGAUAUCACGGUGCGGGGGCUCGACGCCGUCCGCCGCUGCUCCAAGGUCUACAUGGAGGCCUACACCUCGCUCCUCUCCCUCGGUCUCGACCCCGCCUCUCUCGCCAACCUCGAGAAGCUCUACGGGAAGGAGAUCACGGUUGCUGACCGCGAGAUGGUGGAGGAGCGCUCGGACCAGAUGCUGAGCGAGGCCACGGACGCGGACGUCGCCUUCCUUGUCGUCGGCGACCCGUUUGGGGCGACCACACACACUGAUUUGGUUGUUCGUGCCAAGAGCAUAGGGGUAGAAGUUAAGGUUAUCCACAAUGCAUCUGUCAUGAACGCAGUUGGAGUUUGUGGGUUGCAACUUUACCGCUAUGGAGAGACCAUCUCUAUACCUUUCUUCACAGAGACAUGGAGACCAGAUAGUUUCUAUGAGAAAAUUCAGAACAGUCGUCGACUUGGCUUGCAUACCCUCUGCCUACUAGAUAUUCGUGUUAAGGAGCCAACACUUGAGUCCUUAUGCAGAGGAAAGAAAGUGUAUGAACCACCAAGAUUCAUGACUGUAAACACUGCCAUAAGUCAGCUUUUGGAGGUGGAGGAACUGCAUGGGGGAUCUGCAUAUGGCCCAGAUUCACUAUGUAUGGGUGUAGCUCGCCUUGGAAGCGACGAUCAGAAGAUUGUUGCUGGCCCCAUGAAGAAACUACUGGACGUUGAUUUUGGCCCGCCUCUGCACUGCCUCAUCAUAGUGGGAGAGACUCAUCCUGUGGAACAAGAGAUGCUAGAGUUCUACAUGAUCAAGUAGUGGUCUACAGAGAACACUUUCAAUGUGAGUUAUUUAAAAGGAAUCUUUACACCUUUUGCUGUCAGCAUUGUUGGGUCAAUGCACAUUUUGUUUUGUCUCCACAUUGUUGCUCCAGGAACUUGUUGCCUAGAUUCAUGAUUCCUGUAUGAUGGACCUCUCUUGAACCGUUGAUGUUUGGUCAAGUCUGCUAUCGGGGUGUCCACCUGGAGCUUACUGCUCAAUGAGCUGCAUUUUUGCCCUUCACCGAAAUACUCUCGACGGGUCUUUUGACCCUUGUUUACAAUGUACGUGUGCUUGCGCCUAAGUGAUCAUGUAAAGCCACCUUGGAGAUUA